AUGUAAAAGUAAACAAUAAUUUAUACCUAUAAAGAGAUGCUGUGGAAUUUACCUUAAAGUGCUUUUGUUUCAAAUACCUAUAUUACAACUUGUUUGUUCUUCUUUUCACACUAUUUUAGUAUUAGAGUGCUCCAAUGGCUCUCCCUUUUUUAUUAACAAUACUAAAUGAAAUAAUAUUAUUGUUAAAAUGCACUGAAGGGAAAGCUUAGAAAUAAUUUGAUCAUUUUAUUCACAUCUUACUCUAAGUAAGGAAAAAUGAUAUAUUAUUUUUAGAUUUAUGUCAUAAUCAUUUAUUAUUUAGGUCUGAAUUAUUACAUCUUCUGCAACAUAUUUUUGAUUCUAUCAUUCAUUGUUAAUAUAAGUUGCAGUAAAAGUUCAGAAGAAAAAUUGGAACAUUCCACCAUAAUUAAAUUGGUAAUUUACUAAACUUAUAGAUAUUAGACAAUCAUAUUUUAUCGCUUUUGUUUAAUAAUUUCUGUGUUAUGUAUAACUUUGAAAUUGAAUUCUUAUGUAAAUUGGUCAUGGGCUUAAGCCUUUUGGUGGUAUUGGAUGUUUUUAAGUGGUUUAGUUGGAACAACUAUAACAGUUUUAUUGAUAUUGAUUUCAAAAAUAAUCAGCAUUUAUAAUCGCUCAUAAAUUUUGAAUUACAAAAGUGAAAGUAAAUAUGAUUUUAAUGUAAGUUAAAUCUUUAAUAUGGACAUUAUAUAUCAGUGCAAUAAGUAGUUUAAUUGGUGGAGUUUGGAUUAUUAAUACAUUAAAUGUUUUAGGAGUUGAUUUGGAUAUAAAAUUUGGGGAUUAUUUAAUGUACAUUUUAAUUUCAUUUAAUAUAUUGAUUUUUAGUGGAAUAUCAAAAUAUUUGUUCAUUGACAUAGUAGAAUUUAUUUUGUCAUUAAAUUAAAUAGAAUCUCCAGAAUCAUCUCCUAAUACUCCUUGUUAGAAUAAAGAUUAAAAGAUCAAAAGAGAACCAACAAAGGCCUAAAUAUUCUUAUAGAAACUAUCAUCAGCCUAUUUUAAAUAGAUUAAAGAUCCUGAAAUAGUAAUAUUAAAAUGUACAAAUCAUAAUGAAAUUGAUACUGAACGGAAUACAAAUAAUAGAAAUAUAUAGAAAUCUCAAGAUCUUUAAUAGUAAUCAAACAGUAAAUGCAUAAUAUGUUGUGAGAAUCCAUCGAAUGCUGUAUUAAUGACAUGUGGACAUGGUGGAAUAUGUUAUUAAUGUGCAAUAUAAAUGGCUUAGAAAAGCAAGGAAUGUUUUUUGUGUAGAUAAACUAUUUAAGAAAUAUAUGAGAUAGCUAAUAAAGAUGUUAGUAUGUUAAAGAGAGUAAUUUCAAAAACAAGAAUUUAUGUGUGA